AUGGAAAUUAUUCAGAGACUGCAAUACUUACCAACAACAUCAUCAGUGGUACCUGUAUCAUCAUCACAGAAAGUAUUUCAAGGAGUGACUAAUGCAGAAUCAGAUACAGUAGCAGAAAAUGCAGCAGAAGUACCUAAAGAAGCAAUACUAACAGAAGUAGAAUCAACAGCAGCGUCAGAAGAACCACAUUCAGUAGCAGCAGAAGUAACUCCUCCAGCAUUAGAACCAGCUCCUACAGCAGUAACACCAUCUCCCUCACCAGCAGUAGCAGCACAAACUACAUCACCAGCAAUAGCAGAAGAAACACCAUCAGCAACAGCAGAAGCAACUCCUCCAGCACUGGAACCAGUUCCUAUAGCAGCAGCACCAUCUCCCACACCAGCAGUAGCAGAACCAACUCCUUUACCAGUAAUAGCAGAAACAACUCCUCCACCAGCAGCAACUAAACCAACUUCACCAACAGCAGAAACAUUACCAGCUCCUCCUCCAUCACCUUCAAGAGUAGCAGAAAAGAAUAGACCAGUCACGGGCAUAACACUCAUGAUGGCGGCGAUGGUGGUGGUGGUGGUGGUGGUGGUGGUGGUGGUGGUGGUGGUGGUGGCGACGGCGAUGAAGAGGAGACUUAUUUAG